UUCUGCUGGAUCCCAAAGCACUUUAGAGUAAUGCAGACUCCUUUGAGGUGGAGCUUGUUAAACAACUGACCACAGAAUAGGAGUAAAGUUGGCAGUUAGUUAAGGAAUCAAAGAUGGCAUCCUACUUAGCACAAGAAGUUCAGCUUGCUAGAAGACAUGACAAGAUACUGUCUCAGAGAUUGGUAUUGCUACAGCAGAUGGAGAAUCAUCUAGGAGACAAAAAGACUGAAAAGACAUCGCAAACACAAGCAGCUGAUGCAGCUUAUAAAAGAAAUGCAGCACUUUUAAAUGAUAUAGAAGCAGCAGAAAAGAGGCUGCAAGUAAGAAUACAUCUACAGCCACAUCCUGAUAUUGUUAACCUUGAAAAACAUGACUACAAUUCCAUGAACAUGAAUACUACCAUUAUGAUGGGUUCCCUUUCUAAUAUAUUAUCCACCACAAGAGGGCACAUUCAGUCACUGCAUAACUUACUCUAGAAGGUGAAAUCCUGCCAACUUCUGUUACAUUGUUUAAGUGAGGGAUUGGAAAUUUGGUAUCCAAAUACUUUGUCCUUUUUUGAAUUGCUUCACACAUAAGGCAAGCUU